UUUUAUUUCUUCUCUUUUAUUUUUUUUAUUGUUAGAUUAGAUUUUGUUUCUCUCUCUUCUCUCUCUCUCAUUGACAAACCAAGAACCUUCUUUUAUUCUUCUUUUUUUUCCUAAAUUGGCCAUGAUUAACCACACAAAGAUUGGUUGAUUAGUGUCUGCAGAGGGAAGAAUCAAUCGAUCAAUGGCGUAUAAAGUGGAUCACGAGUACGAUUACUUGUUCAAGAUUGUCCUAAUCGGAGACUCCGGCGUCGGUAAAUCGAACAUUCUGUCCAGAUUCACUCGCAACGAGUUUUGUUUGGAGUCCAAAUCCACCAUCGGUGUCGAAUUUGCUACGAGGACACUUCAGGUGGAAGGUAAGACGGUUAAGGCACAGAUCUGGGACACGGCGGGGCAAGAGCGGUACAGGGCGAUAACAAGCGCCUACUACCGGGGGGCGGUGGGGGCGCUGGUGGUGUACGACAUCACUAAGCGGCAGACGUUCGAGAACGUGCAGCGGUGGCUGAGGGAGCUGAGGGACCACGCGGACUCGAACAUCGUGAUAAUGCUGGCCGGGAAUAAGACGGAUCUCAACCACCUCCGGGUGGUGGCGGAGAGGGACGCGCAGCUGUUCGCCGAGAAGGAAGGGCUCUCGUUUCUCGAGACGUCGGCCCUCGAGGCGCUCAACGUCGAGAAGGCGUUUCAGACGAUUUUGUUGGAUAUAUAUCAGAUCAUUAGCCGGAAGGCGCUCGCGGCGCAGGAGGCCAUCGCCCCCGUCCCCGGCCAAGGCACCACCAUCAAGGUUGGAGAUCACUCCACCAAUUUCAACAAGAAAACUACCUGCUGCUCGAAUUAAUUUUAUUAUUCAUAAUUAUUUCGAUUAGAAAGAAAUUAAUUAAUUCAUUGAGUUUUCUUUUUUUUUUUUUUUUUUAAAUAUGUAUGUUGAGUUGUAAAUUUUUGUUUCAUGUUGUAGAACAUAUUAGCU